AUGAAGUUCCGGCGAUCCAUAAAGAGCGACAAGCACGACUCGGCCAAACCCGUCCAGGUCUCAAUACCCCAAAAGGAUGCCAUCGCAAUAGAACCCCCAAAGAAGGUCAUCAAGGCCAUCUACGACUACAAUGCCCCCGCCGACUCGGACAUGUACAUGUCCUUCAACGCCGGCGAUUUCCUCCACGUUAUAGGCCGCGAGAGCGACUCGGACUGGUACGAAGCGAGCAACCCCUUGCGCAACGAGCGCGGCUUGGUACCUGUCAAAUACUUUGAGAAUGUGGGCAAGACCGUGCGAGACAGCGGCGAUUCAUCAAAGUCAAUCACCAGCACGACCCACGACAGCGGCUACGCUGAAGGCUCCACGCCACCGAAUAUAACAUCUGCGCCGAGGAUGAGCACGGGCGUGCCGAUGCCCAUGAUACCGGGACACAGAUCGAUGAAGUCUAUCACCAAAGCGGGUGGGAUAUACGGCAUUGUCUCGUACGACUUCCACGCCGAACGCCCCGACGAGCUCGAUGCGAAAGAGGGCGAGGCGAUAAUAGUGAUCGCGCAGUCGAAUCCAGAGUGGUUCGUCGCAAAGCCCAUAACACGGCUGGGAGGCCCUGGGUUGAUUCCGGUAUCCUUCAUCGAGAUAAGAGACAUGACAACUGGGCAGGCGGUGGAAGAUCCUGUGGCGGCGGUACAAAAAGCAGGCAUACCGCGCGUUGAAGAGUGGAAAAAGAUGGCGGCCGAGUAUAAGAAUACCAGCAUACCUCUUGGCACUGUGUCAACAUCAGGUGUGGGAUCCCUCACACCAGGCAUGGAGCGCAUGAGCUUGCAGAACGGACAGGCGAAUGGCCACUCGAGACAACCCAGCAACUCGUACACGACACAGCAACAGCAGAACCUCUUCGCGCCUGUGCGAGCAUCUGUACCACGAUACACCUUUGCGGACGGCAAAUUCCAGUUCAUUGUGGAAUGCAGGUUAUCGAACGGUACACAUUGGGACUUGUCAAGGAUAUACGAGGACUUCUACGAGCUGCAGAUCAACCUCAUCAACGCAUUCCCCGACGAAGCUGGCAAGGACUCAACCAAGCCGCGGAUAUUGCCUUAUAUGCCAGGACCGGUGAAAUACGUGACGGACAAUAUCAGUGAAGGAAGGAGAGCGAACUUGGACGAGUACUUGCGGGAUCUGCUGAGACUACCGCAAUACCUGACCAGUUCGUCACUCGUGAGGAACUUCUUCGCACCGAGGGAAGGAGACUACGAGGUUGACCCGGGCGCCGUGGACUUGAAUGAACACGCGAGACCGAUGGACGCCAGAUUCUCCCAGGUCUCACAAGGAUCACAUCAAACCAACCCAUACCAACAAUUCGCGCAGCAACAACGAGGUCCUCCCCAACAACCAACCCACCAAUACAACCAAUCGCAAGCCUCCAACGGACCCUACCGGCACCAACGAGCCCAACAAUCCCAAGCCAGCGCCAGCUUCACCUCCCAAUCCCCACCCAACGCCAGCGGCCUCCCCGCGCCCCGCCAACCCUCCCACACCGCCAGCUCCUCCGCACCCCCCAGCACGGCCCCCGUCAAAGUCAAAGCCUGGUUCGACCGCGACACGUGCGUCGUGAUCCGCAUGGCGCCCCGCGGCCAAUUCUCCUUCGACGACCUCUACCGCAAAAUCGUCGAGCGGCGGAAACUCGAGUACAAAGGCCAGGACCAGAACGACGAGAUCCUCGAUAUAGAGUAUCGGGAUGAGAAGGACGGGGAAUAUUAUCGGCUCGAGGGCGAUGAGGAUUUGGAUAUUGCGGUUGAGAGGAAUGAGAAGUUGACGUUGGCUGUGAGGGCCGCGAGUUCGUGA